AUGGCUCUAGCCAUUGAUCUCGUGCUAAUACCCGAUAAUUCUUAUUAUCUCAUCAAGAAUGAAGUUACAUCCACUAUUGUGAUGGAUUUCUUGUUUUAUGGGUUAAAGUCUCUUGAAGAAAAAUGGAGAAAAUUAGAAAGACUUGCAAGCGUGGUUGCGAGAGAAUUGAUGAUCAGUAACCAAAUUGAAUCGGCUAUGAAGACUCUUGAAGAGGAAACUAAGAAGGAGAGAACAAAUGAUGACAAAGAAUUCGCUUUAAAGAUCAAAGAAGACGAAACUAAGAAUGAAAGAACAAUUGAUGCCAAAGAAUUUCAAGCUCUAAUUGCUAGUGUGACCAAUGAUAUGUUUGUUCUUGUUAAAAAUCCCAUGUUACUUCUAGAGAGAUUUGUUCUUGCGCCAUUGCCUGAAAUGGGUUCUCCAAAGCUUGUGCAGGUUGGCAAUGUCCAAACACAGUAUAAUAUGGAGCACGAUGAGAAGCAAUUAGCUGAUUAUGGUAGAUGGGCUUUGGAGGUAUUUGUUUUUGACUAUAUCUUCUGCAACAAAAUUGAAUUCACAUAUGAAGAAACUAUUGCAUUGGAAAGGCAAGAAGAGCUUAUUCAGGAAGAAGAAAAAGAGAAGAACACUAAACUCAAAAAAAAACUUGUUGGAAAAAAAGUGAAGUAAUUCUUUUUAGUCUUUUAUUCCUAGGCUGUUAGACAUUUUAAUAUAAGCUUUCUUGUUUUCAAGUAUGUGAUAAAAGAUUAUAGAUAUGGUGUUUGUGUUUGUGUUUCUUCUUUUUUUUUGUUUUUUUGGAACUGACAAUUAGACUUGUUGCAUUUAGUCAAAAAGGUUGUGAUACAAAUCAGUCCUAAAACAAUUUGGCUAAUUUUAACCAAUGUUUUGUUGUGGAUAGUAUCAAAUUAAUAGUUUUGUUCAAAAA